AUGUUCCUUGGUGUUACUGCAUCCGUGACCAAUUGGGAUGCUGAAGGGACUUGUUGUAGUAUUGUUUUGGAAGAUAAUCCUUUGGUGGACUUUGUUGAGCUUCCUGACAACUACCAAGGUCUGUACUACUGCAACAUAUUAAUCGGAGUUAUUAGAGGAGCUUUGGAUAUGGUAUCAAUGAGGGCUGAGGUCACUUGGCUACGUGAUGCGCUUAGAGGUGAUGAUGUGUUUGAGUUGCAAGUAAAACUUCUCAAGCAAGUUCCAGAAGAGUAUCCAUAUAAGGAUGAUGAGUAG